AAGGAAGGACAGAUGAGUAAAGAAGAGAGAGCUCAAAGAGAGAAGAAGAAGAAAGGGUGGAGAGAUUAUAUGAUCAGGAUGCUGCAAGAUGAUGACCUGCCUGUGAACUCCACUUGGGAAGUCAGAUUUGAAAUAAUGUUUCUCUCGGAGCUAGUGGUGAGCACCAAACAUCCUUCCAACUUCCAGAAAAUGAUGGGGUUCCAUGAGAUGUUAGAUGAGAAGUGCACCAGGCUUUUUGAAGAAUAUGCAGAGGUUGCCAGGAAGUUGGGAAAGAUGGAAGGAGGAGAUGGAAUGAGGGAGAUUGGAGAAGACCUGGAUACAGUGGGAAAAGGGCUUCAGUCUGAGCUCAAGGAAAACACUGAGCUCUUCACCCAAAGGUUCUUGGACUACAUCCCAGGGCUCUUGAAGGAAAUGAGCAGACUGAGGAAGAACGAAGAAGAAAGGAAUGCCCAGGUGACGAAGUUAACCGAGGAUUUGGAGGGGAUGAGGAAGGAAGUGGAGGAGUUGAAAAAGGGGAAGGAGGAACUGCAGAAACAAGUAAGUACUUUGGAGGUUUCCCUGACCCAGAAAGGCACGGAAUUGAAAGAUGAAGUGACAAAAAGGGAGAAAGUGGAAAAAAAGGUGGAAAGUUUGUGCUCUGAGAUCAGUGUGCAGGGACGGGACCUGGACCAGGAGAUUGUUGACAGGAAAGAGAUGGGUCAAGUAUGGGAGAAGAGAUGGGAGGAGAUAUUGAAAGGGAUGAACGAGCUCAAGUUGAGCCACCAAGAGGAAGGGAAUGAAACCACGAAAGUGGUGGAAUGGCAGAACGAAGGAGGAUUUGAAAUCAGAUUGGCAGAAGGAGGAAAGGGGACCCCUCAGUCAAAGGAAGGAGGAGGAGGGAAGGAUGAGCAGACUGAGGUUGGAAAGGAAGGACCAUCCAGCAAAGAACCGCAAGAAGAACCUAGGGUCGAAGGACCACCUGCCGCAGAGGAAGAUAAAGGUGAAAGGCUGGGUGUGCCUCAGCAGAAGGGCAUCAAGAGGAGUGAACAGUCUGGCAUGGAAUCGUCUGAAGGGGUCGGGAGUCAAGCAGAGUCUUUGGGUCGGCCUCUAACCAAGCGGCCCAGGCAUAACAAAGGCCGACAUGGGUGCUUCUUCUGCACGAAGGAGGGACACUUCAGGGAUGGAUGUACCAUAUUGACUGAGUAUAUUAGGAAAGGGAUGGUCAGCUUUGACUCCAAGGGAAGACUGGUAGCUAGCAAUGGGCAGGUGAUCCCCAAGACACCUAAGGGUGACAGGGUAGAACUUCAUAGGAUGUUGGGGCUGACAAUCACCUUCUCGGGGUAGGAGAGGUAGGAGUUGUGAGUUAAGGCACUUGGUAGGGGCAGA